AUGCUCAAUGAGGAGGUGAAGGAGAAGGAGAAGAAGAAGAAGAAGAAGAGGAGGAGGAGCGUGAAACGCGCGCGCACUUUUUUCAUUGAGUGCCUUCGCCCUGAGCCGAGCAACAGCAUGGAUCUCUCCUUCAUGGCCGCGCAGAUCCCAGUUAUGACGGGAGCCUUCAUGGACUCUUCGCCAAAUGAUGACUACAGCGGCGAGCACUCGCUCUUCAACUCAUCCGCCAGCGUCCACGCCGCUGCAUCGGCCGCUUCCGUGCACGGUCAGCCGGACGAAUCGCAGUCAAUGUCCAGCGACGCCAUCUGGCUUUGGAUCGCAAUUGUGGCAACUAUCGGAAACAUCGUAGUAGUGGGCAUAGUCUACGCCUGCACCUUCUGA